AUGGCCGAUCGAAGCUUUCGGGGCUUUGCCCUUGCGCUUUUGGUGCUCUGUCUGUGCUCCGGAGCGCCUCCUUGUCUGCUGCUGCACGGAAAUGGGAGGGCCGUCUUCCGUGGCAGCGUGGGGCGCUUGAGGGGCCCCGCCUGGGCGGAGCUCUGCGAGGAAAUUCUGGACUUCCGGAGCCAGGAGUGGCGUUGGAGCUUGCGGCUCAGGGACGGCCGGGCGGUCCUGGCAGAGGGCUCGGAGGAGCGAGGCUUCCUCGUGGACCACUGCUUGCUGCCGGAGGCCCUCCUUUUGGGCAAUCUCGCAAUGCCCAAAGAAGUCGGUGUGACUGAGACGGCCUUGGCGGGCAAAGCUCUAGAAGCCACGGUCGACAUUUCGCGAAACCGCGAGGUCUUUCAGGAGCUACCCUUCCUGGUGGCCGACCGCAGCGAUCUGGCGCGGUCCCGGCUGGCCGCUUUUCGAGAUCUUCAAGCGCACCCCGAAGGAGAAAGACUCCAAAGCGCUUUCGAAGAGCUCACCACUGGAGGCCUCGAAGGGAAGUGCAUGGAAGAGGCGGCCCACUUGGCGGAUUCACAGAAUUCCGUGGAGGAGAUCGCCAGGGUGCUCGCGCGAUGGCAGUGCAACUCUCAGCGCAUGUCUGUGCCUCCGGCCUCGGGCCUGUAUAGGUUGCAUUCCUUCCUGCAGCAUUCAUGUGCACCCAACUGUGCCGUCGGGGUGCUGUUCUCCACCGGGGAGGUCCUGGUGCGAGCGAUCAGGGACAUCUGCAAGGGCGAGCUUCUCACCCGAAACUACGAACGAGAGGCCUUUCUGGAGCUGCAAUAUUCAGAGAGGCAGCAGCAUCUGCUGCAGACGCGCGGCUUCGCGUGCCUGUGCGAACGGUGCACAAGGGAAAGUGGAGAGAAAAAGCUGGAGUACGGCGGCAAGCUGACGGCCGACUCGGACAAAAGUGCUCGAUUUUCCUCAG